AUGAUGGAUACAGAAAAUACUUUGAAGAAUUUCCUCAAUCUCGAAAAUAUAAAUGACAGAUAUGUUACAGAUCUAAACACAAAUAAAAAGAAGUUUUCUUAUGCUGAGUUAUGUGAAGAAAUAGAAAAUUUUCGAAAAUUUUUUCAAAGUAUAAAUAUAAAAAAAGGAGAUGAAAUAUCUAUUAUUUUAUUUAAUAGUAUAGAAUAUGUUUUGUCAUUUUUAAGUAUCAAUUUUAAUCAAAAUAUAUGUUUACCACAAAAUACAAAUUUAAAAAAAGAAGAAUAUGAAAAAUAUUUGGUUAGCAAUUGCAAGUAUAUAAUAGUUCAUGAUUAUGAUGAAAAUGAUGAAAACUAUGCAAGUAUAAAAAAAAAACAUGGAUAUUAUAAAAAUGUGCUUAAUUCAUUAGAAGAAUUAUCAAAAGAGAAUAAUAUAGGAUUGAUAAAAAUAAAAAAAAAUAAUACAAAACCUUAUUUUACAUAUUCUUAUAUACCAAAUGGUAGAGAAUUAGAAAAACAAGACAAGGUUAUAAACAAUUCUGAAUCAAAGAAUGAUAUAUGUCUACAUUUGCAUACGUCUGGAACGACUAGUAAAGUAAAAAUUGUUCAAUUAACUAAUAAUAAUAUAAAAACAACCAUAAAAAAUAUUGUAAAUUCAUAUGAUAUAAAUAAAAAUGAUAAUACAAUUAUAGUUAUGCCUUUAUAUCAUGUACAUGGAUUAAUAGGAGUAUUAAUGCCUAUUUUAUUUUCAAAAGGAAAUAUAUUAUUUCAAUUAGGUCAUUCAUUUAGUGCUUCAGAAUUUUGGAAUAACAUAAUGGAAUAUAAUAUUAGUUAUUUUUCUGCAAUACCAACAAUAUUAAAAAUUUUAUUAUUGCGAUACGAAAAAGAUUAUUUAAGAGAAGAUAGUGAUAAAAAAAAAGUUCAACAUAAAUUGAGAUUUAUUAGAACUUCAAGUUCAAGUUUAGAUGAAUUAUUAGAAAAGGAAAUCGAAGAAAAAUUUGAAACUCAAGUUUUUCAAGCAUAUGGUAUGACUGAGGCAUGUCAUCAAGUUAGUUCAAAUAAAUUAAUAAGCAAUAAUAAUAACAAAGUAUGUAUGAAAAAGUUAAAAAGUGUAGGAAUACCGAAUGUAGGAGUUGUAAUAUAUGAUGCCGAAAAAAAAAAAGUAUGUGACUAUAAUACGUUAGGUGAAAUAUGUAUUAAUGGAAAAAAUGUUAUGUAUGGUUAUAAAGAAAUAAAAGAUAAUGAUCAUAUAUAUGUAUAUGUUAAUACAAUAAAAGAUAAGACACAAUAUAUGAUGAAUAAUAAAUUUUUAGAAAUUGGAGAAAAUGUACCUUUUUUUAAAACUGGAGAUAUAGGAUAUGUUGAUGAAGAUAAUUUCCUUUUUUUAUCUGGUCGAAUUAAAGAUAUAAUAAAUAGAGGAGGUGAAAAAAUUAUGCCCAAUGAAAUAGACGAUGUUUUAAGAACACACCCAAUCAUACAAGAUUGUAUAACUUUUGGAUCAAAGGAUGAUGUAUAUGGUGAAAUUAUAAACGCUUCGGUAAUAGUUAAAAGUGCUUAUUUAAUCAGUAGCAAUAAUAAUAUGAAUAAAAUAAAUGAAUAUAUGGAAAAUGGAAUGGAAAAUAAAGUUAAUGCACCAACUCAAAAACAGAACGAUAAAGUUGUUGAAAAUAAUGACAAUGCUAAAGAAGAUACCGAAUUUGAUGUAAAUAAAAGUAUAGAAUUAAAUUUGAAUAAUUUUCAUAGAAGAUUUGAACUAAAAGAACAUAUGAGAAAAGGAUUAGCCGAUUUUAAAGUACCUAAAAAUAUAUAUUUUGUUAAUAAUUUUUUAAAAACAGAUACAGGUAAAAUAUCACGAAAAAAAGUAUCAGAAGGUAUUGAACUGAUAAAAAAUAAAGAUAUUCCAAUUUUUGAUAUUAUUGCUAUAAUUUUUAAAAAAUAUGAAAUAAAUUAUAUAUAUGGAGUAUAUGGCAUACCUAUAAAUAAAAUUAUAAAAAGUUUUAUUAAAAAUCAAAUUUAUUAUAUUAGUUUUCGCAAUGAAAUAAAUGCUGCUAUAAGUUCUAAUUAUGUAAACUAUUUUAGUACACAAAACAAAAAAAAAGUUGGAAUCGUUUUUGCAUGUUCCGGUCCAGGAUUUAUAAAUACAAUUAGUGGCUUAUACAAUUCAAAAAUAAAUAAUUUACCUAUGAUAUUAAUAUCUUUUGAAAAUUUUAUAGAUAAUAAUUUAACACUUUUUGAAAAGUAUAAUAAUUUUCAAUAUUUUCCACAAUUGGAUUUUUUAAAUAAAUCUAAAGAAAUAUGUAAUUAUGUAUAUCAUGCAAAUUCUUUAGACACAUUCUAUGAUCAGUUUGAUAAAGCCAUAAAUCAAGCUGUUAAGUAUAAAGGCCCUGUUUAUUUAAAUUUAGAUUAUAAAAUGAUAAACCAAACAGUACAUAUUGAACACGCCUUUCAAGUAUUAGACAUGGUUUCAAAAAAUGUUAAUAUAUAUUUUGAUCUAAACAAUGAUCAAGUUGUAAAGACAGAUCAAGUAUAUGUCACCCCACAUAUGACUGAUGAACAAAUGAAAAAAUUUGUAAAUUUAGUAAACCAGAUAAAACAUAUUUAUAAGUCUAACAGUAAGGGUGUCAUUUUUGUAGGGACAAAUUGUAAUAAUGGCAUAAAAUAUAUUUUAAAAUUAUCGAAACUUUUGAAAAUUCCAAUAUAUACUAACACAAUGGGAAAAUCUUUUAUAAAAGAAAAUUACAUUUAUAAUGUAAAUUCUUGUAAAUCUUUUCUCUUUAACAAUAUCGAUUUUUGUAUUUCUAUUGGUACCCCAUACAAUUUUUAUUUCGAUUUUGGAAAUUUCCUGAUAUGCAAAAAAGAAAACAUGAUAUGCAUUGACUUGAAUAAUGUUGAAGAAGUUCCAAAAAAUGCUGACAAAAAUAAUCAUUUCUUUUUUCAUGAUUUAUAUUUUGUUUUAAAAAAAUUAUAUUUUACUAUGAAAGAGGAUACUACAUUAUUGUCAAUGAUUGAUGAUCGACAAAACUGGAUUAAUACUCUAAGCAAAGAAAAAAAGAAAAAUACUUAUAAAAUAUGCACAAAAAUUGCAACCCAGUUUUUUGAUCAAAAUAAUAAUACAUUUACUAUGGAACAAGCUUUUUUAAUUUUACGAAAUAUCUUAAUUAAUUAUUAUUUUAUACAAAAUGAUAUUUCAAUAGAGUAUAAAAAAUAUUUUACAAAUUAUUUUCAACUACUUAAUGAAGACCAAAUAAAAGCUCAUGGCUUAUCCGAUAUAGUAUAUACAUCAGAAGAGGAAAGAAAAAUAGUAAACAAUAGUAAAAAGGAAAAAAUAAACCAACUAAGUAAUGAUAAUAUUGAAAAUAUAAAUUGGGAAAGUUUUCCAGAAAAUGAAGACGAUUGUGAUUUAAGUGAUAGCAGUGAGGAUGAAAACAAAAAUAGUGAUAUAAUUGGACAAAGGAAAGAAAACAAAUUUUUAAAUAAAAAAAUAAAAAAAAGAAUAAUAAUUACUAAUGAAGGAUCUAUAUCAUUAAUGAUGGGAAUUUUAUAUUUACCAAAAUUUGGAUUAUAUAAUUAUGUAAUACCACAAAUAAAUGGAAUGAUGGGAGUUUCAAUGAAUGCAGCUAUUACUGCUUCUUUAGAAAAUAAAAAUUGUAUAGUAUUUUCAAUUUUAGGUGAUUCAUCUUUUGGUUUUACUUGUAAUGAAAUUGAAACUAUUUGUAGACUCAAACUAAAAAUUGUUCUUAUUAUUAUAAAUAAUAAUGGAAUAUAUGGAAGUAGAGAUUUUGAAAUGAAAGAAAAAAGGGAAGAACAAAAAAGUGAAAUAAAUUAUGACAAUAAUAAAACCUUUGACACUCAGUUUUAUUUAAAUAAUCCAUCAGCUUUAUAUCAUUUUAGUAAAUAUGAAAAUUAUAUUACUGCUCAUGGAGGAUAUGGUUCUUUCAUUGAUACUAAAGAUGAAUUUAUAAAACAGAUGAAGCAUAUUACUAGUGAUAAGUUUGAUCAUUUUCCAGUUUUACUUAACGUACUCGUUGAAGACACUGGUUCUGUUCAUUUUCAUUCCGAUAAAUGUAUUCUAUAA